CGGUCCCUUAGGGGGUGUGAGGGUGGGGGGGAGGCACUCGCACGGGGGCCAACAGAGCGCGGGCGACCCCCUCCGUCUCCAGCUCGCUGCUGCUCUCCCCUCUUCGUCUCGUCCACCUCCUCCUCGUCCACCUCCUCCUCGUCCACCUCCUCCACCCUCCUACACCUACCUCACUCGUCCGUCUUCACCACCACCAACCACCACCACCGUCUCCUCGUCGCCUCGUUGAGCGGCUGGAAGCCUUCACAGCUGAGGGGAGAGGCCUGGUCGCGCCAUACACUCGUGUGAGGAAUGGCGUGCGCGGUGGCAUCCGUCCCAGCCAUCGCCUCCAUCUUGGAGCCGAGCGAGGACUUCCCGGCGUGGCUGGAGACGCAGGGCGUGAACGCGGAGGUGGCCCGGGCCAUGGACUCCGAGCUGGGUAUCCGGGACUACGGGGUCCUGCGCGCCUGUGUCGGGGAUGGUCUCGUGCGGGCCGAGCUGCUGGCUGCGGCACGCGACCGCCUGCCCUUCGGCUUCUACGCCGUGCUGCGGCAGGUGGUGAAGACCCUGCAGGGAACCGAGCCCCACGACGGCGCUGGGACACCACGCUGGGAUGACGACGCGGCCGCCUCCUCCCCUGGUGACGUGACGCUGGGAGGGCUGGUGGAAGUGCUGCUCGCGUUGCUCAGCGGUUUGAGCCGGGAGCUGCUGCUGUCCAUGCGGAGGCUGGGAGGUGGUAGUGGUGGUGAUGGUGGCGGUGGCGGUGGCUGCGGUGAUGGCAGUGGGAAUGGAGGAGAUGGACGGGUCUUUUCUGGGGACUCCCCGCCAGACCCGGAGGGACUCGCAUCUGAUUCCAGGGUGGCUGAUGAGGAGGAGGGCACGGCAAGCGUGAAGAAUGAGUACUCGGGCUAUGAUGCCACCACAGUGUUUGCCAACGCUGAACACCGCUCACCAACACAAAUGGAAGACUACGAUGAACACUGCUACAAUCACCUGUCCGAGGAACCUCGGCAGAACCCAACCACAGCUGUUGACGGGAACAGCCCCAAUGGCAUGGCUCACAAUAUUAAACUGGAAACGUUUGAAGGGGAGGAGUCGAGGGCAGCACUGGGAGGAGAGGGGAGCGGCCGCCUGUGCUGGGAGGAGACGGAGGCUCACCACUCAGUGGCAGCAGGGACCGCAGCAAACAGCGGAUCCCAGCUUGCAGAUGCCACCACAGUGUUUGCCAAUGCUGAACACCGCUCGCCAACACAAAUGGAAGACUACGGUGAACACUACUACAAUCACCUGUCCGAGGAACCUCGGCAGACCCCAACCACAGCUGUUGACGGGAACAGCUCCAAUGGCGUGCCUCACAACAUUAAACUGGAGACGUUUGAAGGGGAGGAGUCGAGGGCAGCACUGGGAGGAGAGGGGAGCAGCCACCUGCGCUGGGAGGAGACGGAAGCCCACCACUCAGUGGCAGCAGGGACCGCAGCAAACAGCGGAUCCCAGCUUGCAGGUAAACUAUUGGACAAAACCCCCCUAGACUAUGUCAAGGAUGACAGACACACACCAGCAGAAUCGCUUGUGCCUCAUCCCAACCAAUUCGACCGCCAAUGGCGGCAACAGCAGCAGGAACCGCAGCAUCAGGUGAUGGGCGAAGACCGGGUUAGCACCGAUUGUGCCGCAACUAGCACCACCGCAAACCCACGGCUCCCUGCCAGCUGGCGCGCAGCCGUCAACACCGCAGCCGCUAGACGACGCAGCCGGGAGCCCGGCGACGGAAUUAUCGGCAUUGGUCGUGGCGUUGGCAUCGGUGGUGUCGGAGCCGGCAGGGGCGGGGAACGGCGCUUCGAAUGCCCGCAGUGUGGCCGGCACUUAUCCCGUUAUGAGGCGCUGGUGUUCCACAUGCGCACCCACACGGGCGAACAACCCUUCAGCUGUGAUGUGUGCGGCCGUGCCUUUUCACUGCACUCGAACCUCAAGGUGCACCGGCGGACCCACACGGGCGAGCGCCCGCACCGAUGCGACGUGUGCGGCCGUAGAUUCGCGUACCGCUCGAGCUGGAAGAGGCACCAGCGUACGCAUGACAACAUAUAAAUGAUGCAACAGCUACCAACGACGGUGCCACCGCCGCUGCAGACGAUGGCGCAGCGCCAGCACAGCGAUCGUACACUCUAGACCUCCGCUUCGCGAGUUUCGACAACAACGGACUCCCAGUGCGUGCCACACGGAGAGUGCUUAAGCACUUUCCAAUGAGCCAGCAAUCGGCAUAGAGGUUUCCGUUAUUCCGCUGUCUGGAAGCCCAAAUGGAAUUUCUGGAGAGCUGACCUGAAAGAAUAUAUGGCCAUCAUCAGCACUACCAGUAAACUAUACAAGACCGCAGCAAAACAACACAUCCCACGAGGUUACCGGAAGUGUUACAUUCCAUGUUGCACUAAAGAAAGUUAAAAAUUUAAAGCAAUACGAGCAGAACAAUGACCGUCAUUGAUCAAACUCUGCUUGACUUUUUAAAUGAGGCUAGACGCCAACAGCGGUGUGGUACAGCAGAGGGCCUCAACUUCACAGAUUCCAUUUGCAAGGCCUGGAACCUGCUCCGCACUCUUGGUACUGCAAAAUCAACAGCCUCCCAAACCCAGGAGUCAAAGCAGAUGCCAUUGGUGUCACAUUCUCCAGAGAAAACAAAUUACCCUAAAAAUGGAGGAGGUAUAGAAGCCAUCCACAACCUCACCCCAGAGGCCCUGGAUUGCCUAAAGAAUUAUGACAUGAACCUUUGACAACUUGCUGCUCCCCUACAAUAAGUCUGCUCGUCUGCAGGAAUUCAUGACAGAAGAAGAAGAAGCACAAGGACGAUGGACCUAUUGAACAGAGAUCGUGCGAUUAAUGAUGACGUAAAAAAAAUGAAAUGUGCUUGGUUGCUAGGUUAUGCUGUUGACAAAAUAACAUCGACCCCCGGUGAUGGAGUGAUCUAAAGGACAUGCCCUCAUGUGUAAAAAGCUGUGAAUUCAACGCCUGACAUUUUGUCGGGCGCCGCUAUUGCUGGUUUGAAGUUUACUGGCGUGUGCAUAUACCAACUUACAUUGGUUCAAUAGAGCCAGCUUCCACAAUGCAAUGCGCGUUGCGACAUGCACGUAUUCAAAGGUGUGGCAGUUAUGCCACAGUGAUAUCACUAGAGGCAUGUCAAAGCCUGGAAGUCGCAUCACUGAUUUUCAAUUCAAUUUUUUCAUUCACAAAGGUUGAAAGUUAUGUAAGACAGACAGACUGGAGUAUAUAGUCUAGAUAUGUAACUUCCAGAUAACAGCUGAUAACUGGAUUUCUUUGGUAUGUUUUUUUCACAACAUGACAGUAGUCGGAUUUCGUGGCUCGUUUGACCGAUAGGCAUUGCUUGUCUUCAUUCAUGGUUCAGAGGCAGUGUUGAAAUUACAUGUUUCUUCUGUAAGACUCUAGCUUUGCGCGAAAUAAGAUCCACAGAUGACUUCCCACAGAGUGGUAAAAGUCGCGCAUUGUUCAGGUGAGGUCCAGUCAAACCUUUACAGAUUGCUUUGGCCAGGCUCCGUCCAUUUUAAAGCAUCCACGAUAUAACAUACUGAAAAGUUCCAAGUUACAGUCAGUCCCAUCUCUCCUUAACACCGAAUCUGAUGUUGCCUUCACCUGUGCCCAGUGGUGCAGACUGAUUAAGUGCUUCUGAUUAUACUGAUAUUUGAGAGGUGAGAAUAAUGAUGGUGACAAUGAAGAUGGUGAUUUUACGGUCUUGGAGAGGUGAUGAUGGUGCUGAUGGUUAUGGUGAUGAGACAAGAGUUGAUCCUGACUGGAAUUUUAGCCUACAACCUUGCGAUUGUGAACGCAGAACUUUCUAGCAAGUGCGUUAUUAAUUAAGUUACAUUUUCUUGAUAAUAAAAUACAGACGGAAACUAACCAAGGUAACACCGAAAAUUAAGCUACACAAAAAGGAAAAUGUAGCUUCCAUAUACAAAUGUAAACAUGGUAAUCUCAUAAUUAGUUACUUUUGAGUUACUGUAGAUCAUGUAAGUAUAAUCAAAUUUGUAGCUAUACCAUCCACCACCCAACAGCCAACCAAAUCAAGUUGUCUCAUAGGCAAAUUUUUUUGCCUAUGAGACAACCCGGAAUGUUGAAAAGCAAGCAAAAGUUUGACAAUUGUGUAAUGCCGGUACAUCCCGUCAUUCGGGUAAUUAAGGGAGCGGGAGGCCCCGCUAGGGGGAUAAAAGGGCAACGUGGAUACGGUAAAAGGUCAUCAUUGUGGGUAACACUCGGUGGGUCGGGUCAUGUCGUCGGGUUGGGAUCUUCAAUAGCCUCGUGUGUAAAGGGGUUACAUAGUGUUAUAAAGUGUUACAUAGGGGUAGUUACGUUUACACCAGUUACAGAACCAGUCCCGUAAGGGAAGUGUUAAUAAAAGACUUGCCUCAA